UGUUUGUCAACCUAUGAAGGGCAGCCUUUCUCGGGCAUGUCAGCCAUUAGCCCCGGGAGGAGGGCAUACAUCACAUCACACCGCGGCGGGACUCAAGUUUGGCCAGAAAGCGUUUCCCAUUACGGCCAUGGAGCCAUUUGUUGCAAUCCAAACUUCUGCAAGGAUAAUGCAAUGAGGCGGCCCGGGGUCUCACCAUCAUGACCUCCACUAGGACACUUGGGACCUUCGUAAUGAUCAACGUGACUAUAUGGUUUAUUCUGCUUCAGCUCUACGGUCAACUGACAGCGCAGCUUGGCACAACUCCCAACAUUAAGCACAUUGUGAUCGGAAGGUGUUACAGUUACAUCGCUCUAGUUGACCCCAGCUCAAGGUAUGACUGUGAGGAGAUCUGGAGACAGUUUGAGGAGGCGGUUGUGGGUCAGUCUUCUUGUAAUGUGACGGUGGAGGAUUAUCACCAGAUGUUUUAUGCAAUGCCACAAACGUGGCCGUGUGAUAGGUUCCUCUUCUGGAGUAAAACCCGGGCACUGAUGCACAGCUAUGCGGCGGCUCGUCGCCACUUCUGGACGCUGGAGGACACGCUGGUUGGCUUCAUGUUCAAUGACCUCGUCUGGUGUGGACAAGAGGAAGACCACGGUCUUGAUUUCAGCUCUUGUCCGGAGUGGUCGGCGUGUAGGAAUCAUCCGGUGUAUUCCUUGUGGAGGCAAGCGUCCCAGAAUUUUGCAGAAAUGGCAUGUGGCAACAUCACUGUAUUACUGAAUGGCUCCAUUGUCAGCGCCUUCAACAGGAAAAGCAUGUUUGGAAGUGUUGAACUGGACAGCCUGAAUCCACAAAGGGUGGAUUAUGUCAACAUCAAGGUGGUGACCAAUCUUGAGGGACCAUAUAUAGAAUCAUGUAGUCAUGGAUCCAUUGUAGACCUGAUCCAAAUCCUCCAGUCCCGAGGGUUCCGCUGGACUUGCACGGACAACGACCAGACCCUGAUGAUCCUUCAGUGUAUCCAGGACCCCAAACAGUCAUCCUGCCGGACAUGUGCAAACAGCCUGUUACACAGAAAGAGCCUCACGUCAGACUGAAUCACCU